AUGGCUCAGGAACAAGUACGUGUCCUCAUUGUCGGCAACGGUGGCCGUGAGCAUGCCCUGGCUUGGAAACUUAGCCAGUCGCCCCUCGUCGACAUUGUCUACGUCGCUCCCGGAAACGGUGGUACUGGUCUGGGCGCGUCCAACAAGAUCGUCAAUGCCAAUGUCAAGGGCGACGACUAUCCCGGCCUCGUGGCUUUUGCGCAAAAGAAUGGUGUGAACCUCGUCGUUCCCGGGCCCGAAGCGCCCCUCGUCGACGGAAUUCAAGGAUACUUCCAGGCUGUCGGUAUCCGAUGCUUUGGCCCCUCCAAGGCUGCUGCCCGUAUGGAGGGCUCCAAGACUUUCUCCAAGGACUUUAUGCAGCGUCACAACAUCCCCACUGCGGCCUUCGGCAACUUCUCCGACUACGAGUCCGCCCGCCGUUAUCUCGACUCCGUUUCUCACAACGUUGUGAUCAAGGCUAGCGGUCUGGCCGCUGGUAAGGGUGUCAUCAUCCCGGCAACCAAGGAUGAGGCACACAAGGCCCUGAAGGAGAUGAUGGUCGAUCGUCAAUUCGGUAACGCUGGUGAUGAGGUCGUCAUCGAGGAGUGCCUGGAGGGUGAUGAGCUGAGCAUUCUCACUUUCAGUGACGGCUACACCAUCUACUCCCUUCCUCCCGCCCAGGACCACAAGCGCAUCUUUGACGGAGACCAGGGUCCCAACACUGGUGGAAUGGGCUGCUAUGCUCCCACUCGCAUUGCGCCCAAGGAGGUGCGGGAUGAGAUUGACCGCACGAUCAUCCAGCCAUCAAUUGAUGGCAUGCGACGAGACGGGUUCCCCUUUGUCGGAAUCCUCUUCACGGGUCUCAUGAUGACCAAGAAUGGCCCCAAGGUGCUCGAGUAUAACGUCCGUGGUGGUGACCCCGAGACUCAGACUCUCCUGCCCCUUCUCAGCAAAGAUACCGAUCUGGCUCAGAUUAUGGUCGCUUGUACCGAACACUGGCUGGACGGUGUCUCCAUCAAGGUCGAGCCCAACUACUCGACCACUGUCGUCGCUGUCGCUGGCGGUUACCCGGGCUCCUACGCCAAGGGCAAGCCAAUCACUCUGGACCCCACGCCCGCUGGGUCCCUGAUCUUCCACGCCGGUACAACCCUGUCUGGUAACGAACUGCAGACUUCCGGCGGCCGUGUUAUUGCUGCCACCGCUACUGCGGCUACUCUCGAAGAGGCAGUCGCCAAGAGCUACGAGGGUAUUGCCACUAUCCACUUUGACGGCAUGUUCUUCCGCAAGGACAUUGCCCACCGUGCCUUCCGUCAGUCAGCCGAUACCUCGCUGACCUACGCGGCCGCUGGUGUGUCCAUCGACGCUGGAAAUGAGCUCGUUAACCGCAUCAAGUCUUGCGUGGGUCGUACCAAGCGGCCCGGCACUGACGCCGUCAUCGGUGGCUUCGGUGGUCUCUUCUCUCUGGCUGCGGCCAACCCAGAGUAUCACGCCGACUCACCGACCUUGAUCGGUGCCAUCGACGGUGUGGGUACCAAGCUGAAGAUUGCUCAUACCGUGGGCAUUCACGACACCGUGGGUAUUGACUUGGUCGCCAUGAAUGUCAACGACCUGGUCGUUCAGGGUGCCGAGCCCCUCUUCUUCCUUGACUGCUACUCAUGUGGCCACCUGGAUGUUCCCACCGCCACUGCUUUCGUUACCGGUGUGGCCGACGGCUGUGUGCAAGCCGGCUGUGCUUUGAUCGGUGGUGAGACCGCUGAAAUGCCCGGUCUCUUCAUCGACGAGACCUACGAUGCGGUCGGCGCGGCUGUUGGUGCUAUCAACACCAGCGGAGCCUAUGCUCGUACCAUCCUCCCCGACACCAACGCUAUGCGCUCCGGCGACGUGCUUCUGGCACUUGCUUCAUCCGGUCCUCACUCUAACGGAUACUCGCUGGUGCGCAAGAUCGUGGAGCGUAGCGGUCUGGACUUUGCGGCUCCCGCUCCCUUCACCAUGCCCGGCCAGACCGAAGAGCUCUCUCUGGGCCGAGCCCUCCUCACCCCCACCCGUAUCUAUGUCAAGCCCAUCCUGGCCGCACUCAAGGCUCACUCGACCGCCAUCAAGGGUCUGGCUCACAUCACCGGUGGUGGUCUUGUAGAGAACAUCCCCCGCAUGCUGCCGUCGACUCUGACUGCGGCCGUUGAUGUCAGCUCGUGGCCCCAGCCUUCCGUCUUCCAGUGGCUGCAGCGCGAGGGUAACGUCUCCCCGGCGGAGAUGGCUCGCGCGUUCAACUGCGGUGUGGGCAUGGUCAUUGCCGUUGAUCCCGCUUCCGAGGCGGCCGUCCGUCAGAACUUUGAGGCUGCCGGUGAGACCGUUUACCGGGUUGGUGAGCUGCGUGCUCGCGCAGAGGGUGAGGAGGGCUGCGUUCUCAGCGGCCUGGAGUCGUGGAGCGCAUGA